AGAUCAUGGAGGUAGAUAAUGGAGCAAUUAAAAUAGCCCUAUCUCGGUUUGUGACAUGACACGCAGUGAAAUGGCAACCACAUUAUGGUCCAAUGGUCAAUCGGUCACAGGUCACCACUAAUCCAGGCGUACAGGGUACAUGAUAGAAGGAGCACAGAGACAGCUAGCUCUGAAGGUUCUGUUAAUAGGAAUUUUAAUCUUCGCACGACCGUAAGGACAUCCUCAGGGUAUCGAUUGCCGAGUCCAGUGGAAAGCAGCAAACAAGAUGCACACUGUGUAUAUAGUGUUCUGCAAACAAGUACAUGCGUAGGUCUACACCUAAUUCCGCGAAUUUCCAGUGCAAGUCAGGUUUGACAGUUGGCUAAGCUUGAAGGUGUGACUGUAAGCAUCAGUCUGAAAGUUGACGCCACAUGAAGUUGCCCUGUUCCGUGAUCCAUCGAGAUGGCGAGAUAUCUUUAUUCCUUGUCUGCUGGUAUUUUUCGAAGGGUGCGCGAAUUACCUUUUAAUCCUGAGAGUACAACCCGUUGUCUGUCAUUUACUGCAGAUAAGUCGAAGGAACCCAGAGCCACGGAGAAUAUUCUCCCUCACAUCGUAGAAUACGACGGACCAUUGAUGACAACCGCAGUGCCAGGACCAAAGUCUCGAGAGUUGCUGAAGUCGCUUGAUGAUGUCACAAAGAACGUGGAAACUGUCCAGUAUUUCGUGGACUUUGAGCAGAGCCUGGGUAACUACAUCGUCGACGCGGACGGUAAUCGCCUCUUGGACGCAUUCAUGCACAUCUCCUCCAUACCAAUCGGUUACAACCAUCCUGCUGUGCUAGAUGUAGUCAAAAACCCAGCUAACCUGAGCGUUUUCGCCAAUCGGCCUGCAUUAGGGUUCAAGCCGUCAAAGGAAUAUCCAGCUCAACUUACAAACGCGCUUGUUUCAGUUGCGCCAAGAGGCUUGAAGAAUGUGCAAACUAUGAUGUGUGGCGCCUGCUCUGUGGAACAUGCCCUCAAACAGACCUACAUGUGGUACAGGGCAAAGGAGAGAGGUGGGCCCCCAACACAAGAGGACCUCGAGACAUGUCUCUUGAACAAGCAACCAGGAAAUCCUAAAUACAGUGUGCUGUCUUUUGAUGGGUCUUUCCAUGGAAGAACAGUAGCCUGCCUCUCCCUGUCACACUCCAAGAUCGCCCACAGGAUUGACAUUCCCACCUUGGAUUGGCCCAUUGCCCCAUUUCCCCGACUGCAGUACCCACUGGACCAGUUUGAACAGGAGAACCGGGCCGAGGAGGACAGGUGUCUAGCCGAGGUGUACUCCCAGAUUGAGAGGCAGAAAAAGAAAGGAGAGCCGGUAGUGAGCAUCAUCGUGGAAGCCAUACAAGCAGAGGGAGGCGACAACCAUGCCACGCCCUAUUUCUUCAAGCAGCUGCAAAAUAUUUCCAAGGAGAUUGGAGCAUCUUUCGUCCUUGAUGAGGUCCAGACAGGAUGCCUCGCAACAGGAACCUUCUGGGCCCACGAGGCAUGGAACCUUCCAGAGCCACCUGACUUUGUCUGCUUCAGCAAGAAGAUGCUGACGGCGGGCUAUUACUUCAAGGAAGAGUUCAGGCCUGUUGGGGCCAAUCGUGUCUUCAACACAUGGAUGGGUGACCCUCCCAAGGUACUUUUGUUGGAGGCCGUCAUCAACCAAAUAAGGAAGGAUAACUUGCAGGAUGUUGUGAAGAUGUCUGGACAAUAUUUACUGCGAGGCUUGGAGGAACUGCAAGCCAGAUAUCCACACAUUCUGUCUAGGGCCAGGGGCGUGGGGACAUUCUGUGCUGUUGACUGCACAGACACCGAUACAACUCUGAAGAUCGUGGCAGCAAUGAGAAACGGAGGUGUUCAGAUCGGUAACAGUGGGGCUCGAUCACUUAGAUUCCGUCCCGCACUGAUAUUCCAGCCCAAGCAUGUUGCCAUUUUGCUUGAGAAUCUUGAAGCUACCCUGGAGGCACUGUGAAGACUGAAUAACCAUAGCAACACCAGAAAAGCAUGUCAACUCAAGAGUGCUCUCCUUGCCUCCGUGACAGCAAGAUUUGUUGUACUAUUUCGAAGUCACAUGUAUAACUGAACUCGAAUCGUGUAUGGCUUGCAGAAUUAAAUUCAGCUUGCAGGUUAAAUUCUAAAUAAAUAUAAAUAUAGGCAUUCAAACAUGAAGGGUGAGAAGUUUUUGUACCAUAGAGUCCUUAAUUACGAACUAACAAUGAUCACUAUGCACUUGUGCAAUUAGUGUGCAUACAUGCAUUACAGAUUAUACAACAAUAUCAACAGUGUUAUUGAUUCAAAGAUGGGGCAAAAGUGCCUUGACGUGCUGGAAUAGGGAAAGAGCGGUGUUGCCAAAUUGUAGCACUUUCAAUUUCCCCAAGUAACAACUGUCCUCAUGAUGAAGCAUUCAUUAUUUUGCCCUUACUACAAAACCUUCACGCGAGGCAACACUUGGAAACAAGUAACAUAUAGGUGUUGUCUUCCAUGCAGCUGCCAAGACAACCUACCCGUCGCUGAUUGUGUUGCCAAAACCCUAAACCCCAUUAAUCUUGGACUUCUCAAACACUGCAUUGUGACAACUCUUCAAAAAUGAACCACGAUCCCAAAUCUAACAACUACUAUGUAAUUAAUUUCAUUCCAAUUGUGUAUACAAGGUACUUAUUUUG